AUGGGUGAAUUAGUAGCAGUACCAGCAUCACAAGCAUCUCCUUCUCUACGUCUGUUUACAAUGACCAAACCACAGCAAAUCCCUGGCGACAAUAUUGUCAAUCUCAGUUCUUUGGUUGAGCUUAAGCUUGUUGACAUCUUGCAGGAUGGACGACACGCGACAGAGUUGCCGAGCUCUUACGUUGUCGACGUUCGUCGCAAGACGGACGGCUCCCGACCCGCCAGAAGCGCUGGCAAGUGUGUGGUCAAGACAUUUCCAAGAGACAAGAGAAACCAGGAAUUUUUCCGUCACGAAGUGCAGGCAUACUCAAGACUCACUGGAGACGUCACUUACAACAGCGCGCAAGAAGCUGUCGAUACCCUGUUCGACACUCUUUCUGAGCUCAAGCCAAAACACGGCUGGCCUCGCUGUCUCGGGUACUUGGCGGUACCAACCGGCAUGGAUGACUACGAGUUUGAAUGGACAGACAUGGCCGAGGCGGCGACUGCCAAGGGCCAGACGCAGAAUGCGCUGUUGCUUGAGUACAUCCCUGGUCUGACGCCUGUAAACUUCAAAAUGCUCAAUGCGACCUUGAUCGAAGACAUUUUAGAUGUCCUCGCACAGCUGCAAGAAGAAGGCAUCGUUCAUCGUGCCAACAUCAAUCCCGCCGUCUGGCCCAAGCCUGGCAUUCGCAACAUCUACGUCCGCUGCUCCAAGCCGGGCGCCAGAGGUGUGCCGUUUGUCACCAACUUUGGAAAUGCCAUGGUGUUGGGUGACAGCGCACAGGAGCGGCGCCAGAUGGAGGCGGAGAUGGAGGACCUCGAGUAUCACCUGAAGCGAGGCAUGGAGGGCAAGCUGCUGGUGGAUGAAGUGCCGCGAGAGGUGCAAAUUCUUCUCGGCGAUUCAUCCUGA